AGCGGGACCUGCGGUGACAGAUCGAUACUAGUUGUUGUUCCGGAUAGUAGUUACGCCUUACGAUGAGGCGCCUCAAGUUGCUGAAAGUGUGUCACAGUGGUCUAGGUGUGCUGUUGUGUUUGAAUCUUCUGUGUCAGGUGGUUGUGGUGCACGCUGAAGCAAUAAACAAUGUGACACUAACGACCGAUGGUACGGUACCAACUACUGCUGAUGCACCAACAAAUCAAACAGAAUCAGUGCUAAAGGACGGAGCGAGCUUAUCAUGGGUGGCAGAAGGAUCAACUCCCUCAUGGGAUAGGCCUGGUCCGCCUGUGAAUGGGACAACAGCUGAUUCGAGCUCAACGUGGGAUUCGACCGGCUCAACUCCUUCGUGGAAUGUGACUGAGCCAUCGCAGAACUGGACGACUUCUGAUUGGAACUCAACGUGGAAUCCGACUGGCUCAACUCCUACGUGGAAUGUGACUGAGCCACCGCAGAACUGGACGACUCCUGAAUGGAACUCAACCUUUAAUCCGACAGGUUCAACUCCUACGUGGAAUGUGACUGAGCCAUCGCAGAACUGGACGACCCCUGAGUGGAACUCAACGUGGAAUCCGACCGGCUCAACUCCUUCGUGGAAUGUGACUGAGCCAUCGCAGAACUGGACGACUUCUGAUUGGAACUCAACGUGGAAUCCGACUGGCUCAACUCCUACGUGGAAUGUGACUGAGCCUCCACAGAACUGGACGACUCCUGAUUGGAACUCAACGUGGAAUCCGACCAGCUCAACUCCUUCGUGGAAUGUGACUGAGUCACCGCAGAACUGGACGACUCCUGAAUGGAACUCAACGUGGAAUCCGACUGGCUCAACUCCUUCGUGGAAUGUGACUGAGCCACCGCAGAACUGGACGACUCCUGAAUGGAACUCAACCUUUAAUCCGACAGGUUCAACUCCUACGUGGAAUGUGACUGAGCCAUCGCAGAACUGGACGACUUCUGAGUGGAACUCAACGUGGAAUCCGACUGGCUCAACUCCUACGUGGAAUGUGACUGAGCCUCCACAGAACUGGACGACUCCUGAAUGGAACUCAACGUGGAAACCGACCAGCUCAACUCCUUCGUGGAAUGUGACUGAGCCACCGCAGAACUGGACGACUCCUGCUUGGAACUCAACGUGGAAUCCGACUGGCUCAACUCCUUCGUGGAAUGUGACUGAGUCACCGCAGAACUGGACGACUCCUGACUGGAACUCAACGUGGAAUCCGACAGGCUCAACUCCUACGUGGAAUGUGACUGAGCCACCGCAGAACUGGACGACUCCUGAAUCGAGUUCAACGUGGAAUCCGACUGGCUCAACUCCUGCAUGGAAUGUGACUGAGCCACCGCAGAACUGGACGACUUCUGAGUGGAACUCAACGUGGAAUCCGACCAGCUCAACUCCUUCGUGGAAUGUGACUGAGCCACCGCAGAACUGGACGACUCCUGCUUGGAACUCAACGUGGAAUCCGACUGGCUCAACUCCUUCGUGGAAUGUGACUGAGUCACCGCAGAACUGGACGACUCCUGACUGGAACUCAACGUGGAAUCCGACAGGCUCAACUCCUACGUGGAAUGUGACUGAGCCUCCACAGAACUGGACGGCUCCUGAUUGGAACUCAACUUUUAACCCGACUGGCUCAACUCCUUCGUGGAAUGUGACUGAGCCACCGCAGAACUGGACGACUCCUGCUUGGAACUCAACGUGGAAUCCGACUGGCUCAACUCCUUCGUGGAAUGUGACUGAGCCUCCACAGAACUGGACGACUCCUGACUGGAACUCAACGUGGAAUCCGACAGGCUCAACUCCUUCGUGGAAUGUGACUGAGCCACCGCAGAACUGGACGACUCCUGAAUGGAACUCAACCUUUAACCCGACUGGCUCAACUCCUUCAUGGAAUUUGACUGAGUCACCGCAGAACUGGACGACUCCUGACUGGAACUCAACGUGGAAUCCGACUGGCUCAACUCCUACGUGGAAUAUGACUGAGCCUCCACAGAACUGGACGACUCCUGAUUGGAACUCAACUUUUAACCCGACUGGCUCAACUCCUUCGUGGAAUGUGACUGAGCCACCGCAAAACUGGACGACUCCUGAUUGGAACUCAACUUUUAACCCGACUGGCUCAACUCCUUCGUGGAAUCUAACUGAGCAUCCUCAAAAUUGGACCACUCCAUCGCAGAACUGGACCAAUCCCCCGCAGAACUGGACCACUCCUUUGCAAAACUUGACUACACCAACACAAAACUGGACGACUCCAUCACAGAAUUGGACUACACUACCCCAGAACUGGACAACUCCAUCAAUAAACUGGACUGAGACGACGCCAGCAUGGAAUGUUACUGAGCAUCCUCAAAACUGGCCAACUUCUACGCAUAAUUGGACCACUCCAGCGCAAUAUUUGUCUGAGUUAACCACAUAUCCAACGUCUCCAGAAAUGGUCCCUAUAAACCGUAAACCAACAAGAAGAACAACGAAAUCCCACACGACGACGACGACUACUACGACCCAAUCGGCCCGUAUAAAGCCCCUCGAUCGUACUCCUACGAAACGAUUCCGUCAACAACCGAUACGAGUCAGGCCGCACCUUGAUAGCAGAACUAGAUAAAUGGAUGCACGCCACAUCCGCUUCGGUUCCGUUUGCGGCUGCAUCUCAAGUAGCCGACACCGAGAUGGCUAUCAUUCCGUAGGCAAUUCGUCACCGAUAGUAAUGAAAGGCGUUUCGUGUUGCAGAGGUAGCAACAGAUACGAUACGGAAGUCGAAGAAGUUCAAAACAAUAUGCCUUAAUGUAAAAUGAAUACAUCUUUAUCUCAGCAAACACUGGUAGCGAGUAAUGUGAUCGAUGUGGAAGUUGUAUGAUAAUUAUGAUAACUGUCGUUUCCACGAAUCGAUGAAAGAAGAUAUGCAGAUGAUUGUACACAUUGUUUGAUUCAGGGAAAAUCUGGAAAAGUGUUAUACAUAUUUUCAAUUAAAUGCAGUUCUUUAAUUACUAUAACUAUUAGGGAUAAUUUUACAUGCAGGUGAGUAAGAGAGAAACGUAAAUGUUAGGAAAAUAAAUGUA